AUGAAUGGUAACAAUGGCAUUUCGAAUUCUCUUCCAAUUCUUGACAAAAAGAAUUGGAUCCGAUGGAGGAAACAGAUGCAAUCUUUGUUUGGCUUUCAUAAAACCCUAGAAGUGGUUACUAAUGGCAUCCAUGAUCUUGUUGAGAAUUCAACUGAUGCUCAGAGAGUCGCGAAUAAGGAGGCUAAGAAGAAAGACUAUAAGGAUGAAUUUUAUAUUCAAUCAGCGAUGGGAGAAGAAGAAAAGAUUGCAGGCUAUAUCUCGAAGGUGCAGAAGUUUGUUCAUAUAAUGAAAGGUUGUGGUGAAACCCUAACUGAUAAGAUGAUAGUUGAUAAGGUAUUGCAUACAUUGACCUCUCACUUUGAUCAUGUUAUCGUUGCUAUUCAAGAAUUCGUCAAUCUUGAAAGACCGAAAUUUGAAGAUUUGGUUGGUUUGUUGGAGGCACAUGAGAUGAUGAUUGUCGAAAGGAAAGGUGUUCAAGAUUCGAUACAAGCUCUACAAGCUCGGACAUGGAAGAAACACGGUGGUUCCAACAAGUCCAAAGGAAAAAUAAACAAGACUCAAAGCAAAAAGUUUUGGUCGAAUCCUCAAAAGCAUAAGUGUCACUUGGCCAAUAAUUGUUGGUACAAGAAAGCCAAGAAUGAAGGAGCAAACCUUAGACGCCACAAUUCAGAUGAUUAUGAAGACAUGGUGGUUAUGGAUGCAGUUGCUGAUGAGCAUGUCGACACCAAGAUCUGGUUUCUCAACACAUGUUGUUUGAAUCACACGACUGGUCAAAAAAUAUGGUUAGCGGAUUUCGACGAGCCGAAGAAGAGCAAGGUUAAACUUGCUGAUAAUAUCUCAUUGCAAGCAGAACGUAAUGGCGACAUAGUUAUUCAAAGAAGCAAUGGAGAAAAAUCUAUGAGGAAAAAUGUACUCCAUGUACCUGGAAUAAAGUGCAAUCUGCUAAGUGUUGGAAAAAUGGUUGAAAAGGGUUUCUCAGUGAUUAUGAAAGACAGAUUAUUGGAACUAUUCGACACUCAGAAUAAUUUAGUCUUAAAAUCCCCUAUGUUGGAGAAUAUGACAUUUAAGACCAUUAUCAAUUCGACUUAUGUACAAUGGAUAAAAAUAGUUGUCGACCACAAGAACAGUUUGUAA